CUCCAUCUCAUUCCAGUUUCCAGUGGUUUGCGUUGGUUUUUGUGUUUAUUUGGUUGGGUUUGGUUUUUUUUUUCCCAAAAUUGCUCUCUUGCAACAUCUCCUGGUGGUUGAAAAGCUGCUUUGUUUAGCUCUGGUUCGGGUUUGUUUGCUGCUGUCCUGUUCAGAAGCAGCCAGAGCUUGGGCAUCUGUGUUCUGGCAGUGGGAGCUCCUGGUGGAGGGAGAGCUGGGUCACACCUGGAAUUCCCAUCUGGUUUGAAGCACAGGCUCUACCUUACAUUGUUCCAGCUGCCUCCAUGCUGUAUUUCAGGCUUCAAAUGAAAUGCUUAGAUCCUCUGUGGCAAAGGCUGUAGCUGAUGCCCAGGCCCCCCUGGCAUGAUGCCGUCCAGGACCAAUCUCUCUGCUGGGAUCCCCAGUAGCAAAGUCAAAUAUUCCAAACUCUCCAGCACCGAUGAUGGAUACAUUGACCUGCAGUUCAAGAAGAGCCCACCCAAAAUCCCCUACAAGGCCAUCGCACUGGCUGUGGUGCUCUUCAUGAUCGGGACCUUCCUCAUCAUCAUCGGAGCCCUGCUGCUGGCAGGGUACAUCAGCAAAGGGGAGACCGACCGGGCCAUCCCCGUGCUGAUCAUCGGCAUCCUGGUGUUCCUGCCCGGCUUCUACCACCUGCGCAUCGCCUACUACGCCUCCAAGGGCUACCGGGGCUACUCCUACGACGACAUCCCCGACUUCGACGACUGAGCUGUUAAUUAACCCCGCCCUAAUUAGGCUGCUCGGAGCUGGUAGCUCCCCGGGAUGCCGGCAGGGCUCGGCUGCUGCGUGUCCUGACCUCGAGGCGUUGCAGGUUUUCCAGUUUGGGGGGUGGGGGCUCCAGCCCGGAAUUGACCAAAAGGAAUUGCAAAGAACUUGGGAUUUGUGGGGUUUUUUUUCCUCCUCUCGGGGUUGCAUAAUUCCGCUCGCUGGGAGGCUCUUCCUGGGCGAGGCAAUCCUUGCAAUUUUCCAAAAAUAGAGCAGCUGGUUUCAGCAGCA